ACUCAGGCAACUAGCAAUGAACGAAAUCCAUGCACUGCAGCGCGAGUUGGCGGCGGCCCAAGAGACAAAGGAAGCGAUUCGCUUGUCGGAGCGCAAUAUCAUUGACCUUCUCUUCAAGCUACAGGCGUUGAAUAUGGUGGAGCUCAUCUUCACGACAAACGCCAAAGCAGUGUUGACCCCAGCCCAAUUGCGCAAGGAAAUUCUCGACCAAGUACAGUCGCAUUCAGGGCGUGUUUCGUUGCAUGAGCUCUAUACUUCGACCAACGUGGACAUGGGCUAUAUUGAGAAGUACGCAAGGGAGAUCGUGGACCAGCCCAAUCCUACUGACAAAGUUCACUGGGUUGGCAAUGACCUGAUCUCGGACGCGUACUUGGACACCAUCAUGACCAGCGUGCACAAUACGCUUCAAGACACUGGCUCUGUCUCCAUCGGUGACCUGGCGCUACAAUACGGCGUCCCAGUCGAGUUCACCCACCAAGUAGUCCAAGCGCGACUGGAUUCUAUCCUCGAGAACGUCCGAAUGAAAGGCACGGUGCUGUACACUCCAGAAUACGCGUCGGCUCAACUCGAGCGUGUUCGCGAUGUCGCAGGUGCCCUGGUCCGUCCGACCUCCUUGGCCGAGAUCUUGGCGUCGUCCUCCGAUGUGGACGGACGCUUCGUCGCCGACUGUCUCUCGGACUUGAUCGCGUCGAACGCCGUGCGAGGCCACCUCCGCGGUCGGGAGUUUGUGCCGACUGCUUUCCUGGACACCCAGCGCGCCGCCGUCGACGCUUUUUUCACCUCCAACAACUACCUGCCCCACGCCAUGACCACCCAACUGCAAGUCACGGGUCGACCAGUCGACUUUGUCAAGAAACAGUUUCCCGACUGCGUCGACUUGGAGGAUGUGGUCGUGUCGGGGGCGCUGCUCCUCCACGUGGAAGGCGCGGUCGAGGGGCUUCUCCAUGAUCCGACAUGGCUUGACGUGCGCUCCGAGUUGCCCUCGGCCAUCGAUGCCCAGAAUGCCACUCUGUUGCUCGCCAAAGCCUUGGAGCGAGUGAACGCGCCGUCCGUGGUGCAAAUCGGUGGGCUGUUCGCAGUCCAUGCUGCCAUGAUGAGUCAAGCGAUGGAGAAAUUCCAAGGUGUGGCGAAAUCGAGAGCGUCUCAAGCUGCCUACGUGGCGUUGGAAUCUGGUGGUUCAGAGGCCAAGACCAGUACGACGAAAUCAACGAGUGGCCAGCAGGCCAAGAAACAAAACAAGACUACUCGAGGAACCAUUUGCCCAGCGCACGACGAGCAGCGGGACCUGGUCAUGGCGUGGUUUGACCAUUGUGUAGACGAAGACGAGUUCGUGGCCGCGUUGCUCGAGUCGUUGCACGACGCGAUCGAAAGUUGCUUUGCCACGGCGUUGACCAAAGCCGAAGCGACCAUCUAUCGAGGGGACUCAUACCAGCGCCGCGAGCUCACAGAGUUGUUUGAAGCUGGCUUUGACGACAAGCUCGGCCACCUCGUCGUGAGCCAAAAAGCCCUGCACAAACUCGCCAUCAAAGCGACCAGUGCGUCCGAUACCACCACUGGUCUGGACGUGAUUGAGCGAUCCGUGUUGCGCUCCAGCGGAGUGCAGCUGUGUGCGUGGGUGCUCCAGUACGUGAACGAGCACCACCAAGUGGAGCUAGACGACGUAGGCUCCAUCUUGGACGCCACCCAACCAGUCAUGACAGGUCUGACGCCAAGCCAGGAAAACGUUCUCAAGAAGCGAGUCACGUUCGCGCCGACGGUGGUGCGCAUGUGGCAGUUGGCGGACGGGGGGUCCUCCCUUCCAGAUUUUAUCCAGCACCUCACCCAAGUGUCGACGGCCUUGGGCAUCCCGUCCCGCAAAUUCGACCGCAAAAAGGAAAAAGCGAUCGUCGCCGCCUUCAAGCACCGCCUCUUGCUCGAUGGCAGUUUGACAGACGACGAAUCCGAUUUCAACGGCGUGCUUCGGGUCGUGUGUUCGCUGGUGUUUUACGCUGCCACGUCACUAGCCCUGCCUUUGGCGGCGUUGACCGCGUCCGAGAUCCAGACGGUGUACCCCGUCCUCCGCCACUCGUUUCUGGCGUCGGCUGUGGCGGCAGACACGAUCGCGCUGACAGACGACCUGCACACCGCCGCGACGGAGCUGCAGUUGCUCGCCGAGAACCCCGACUUGUUAAGCCGAGCACUAGUCUUGUUGCAACAAGCCCGUUAAGCAGAGGCGGUGUAUUUUGAUAUGUAUAAUUUAAUGCUAAUAACCGAUAUGAAUGAAAUAUUAGUCGCGG